GCCAAACCUACACGAAGGAUAUUGAACUCCGCUGAGCCAAGCAGCCAAUGGUUUAUUUUAGAGGACUGUGAAAGAGAUAGCGAAAGGACAAGUGUCUGCUGCUGACCAUACCCUGAAACUCACAGAGUAGCGAAGAAUGGCCAAAGCAUUGAUGCUUAAACCCAAUUGCAGUUUCGAAAUCCUAUCUAUUGCGCUCUUCAAUUCACCUCCAAUUUCUACGCCAUCUGCAGCCAUGGCAAUGUGCUCCACAUUUUGUCCCCGGGUAUCCACUCAGCUAAAUUGUAAACCCUUCUCCUUUCCCCCAGCUAAUAAACCCUCUAGCUUCUUUGUUUCAUUCAAGGCUUUUUCUUCUCAAACUUCUGCUUCUACUCCCAAAGCUGAUGAUACUCCAGCAAGCAUUGGCUUUCUAGGUCUUGGGAUUAUGGGCUCCCCCAUGGCACAAAAUCUCAUAAAAGCAGGACGUGCUGUGACAGUUUGGAAUAGGACCAAGAGCAAAUGUGAACCCCUUAUCUCCAUGGGUGCAAAAUACAAGUCCUCCCCUGAGGAAGUUGCAGCAUCUUGUGAUGUCACAUUUGCUAUGCUUGCAGACCCUGAGAGUGCAGUGGAUGUUGCUUGUGGAAAAUAUGGAGCUGCAAAAGGAAUGGGUCCAGGAAAAGGUUAUGUAGAUGUUUCCACAGUUGACGGUGAAACUUCUAAACUGAUCUGUGAGCAUAUCAGAGCUACUGGAGCUCAUUUUUUGGAGGCUCCAGUAUCAGGGUCCAAGAAGCCAGCAGAAGAUGGACAGCUAAUAUUUCUCACUGCAGGUGACAACGUGCUGUAUGAAACAGUUGCUCCACUGUUGGAUAUCAUGGGGAAGUCAAGAUUUUACCUCGGUGAAGUUGGUAAUGGAGCUGCAAUGAAACUUGUCGUCAAUAUGGUUAUGGGAAGUAUGAUGGCCUCCUUUUCUGAAGGAUUAGUACUUAGCGAGAAAGUUGGACUUGAUCCAAGUGUAUUAGUAGAGGUGAUCUCGCAGGGUGCUAUUAGUGCUCCAAUGUACGCCAUGAAAGGUCCUUCAAUGGUUAAAUCUUUGUAUCCAACAGCGUUUCCUCUGAAGCAUCAGCAAAAGGACCUUCGUCUAGCUCUGGGUUUGGCUGAAUCUGUUUCACAACCCACUCCAAUUGCUGCUGCAACUAAUGAGCUUUACAAGGUUGCAAAAUCUCAUGGUCUAAGCGACCAGGACUUCUCUGCAGUAAUUGAAGCAUUGAAAGUGAAAUUGCAACACCAAACUUAAAAAGCAGUCUUUCCUGGAUGACCUAUGGUAUUUUCCUUCACAAAGCUCGGGUAUAAUAUAUCCACCAUGAUACGGUAAAUUUUUUGGUUCACAAUGUUUUCAUUGUUAACCCAUCUUUAAGGGUUUUACAUGUAUACCUCCUUUCACACCUUUAUUAUAUCUUUCUGGGUAUUGUUCAAACAAUGUGAUAAUUUGUAUCGGCUUCUUGUACAAGUAGUCGGAUGAAGGCACUUGGGAGCUAGUUUCCCUAUAAUAUUUGGAUGUACAAUGUAUUAGACCUUUUAAGUGUAUUGCCUUGAAGUUGUGUAUGCUC